AACCUUUCAAUCAAGCAAGCUUUACACCUUCCACAGUUGCACCUUAAAUUUUUAGUACUCAUCAAAACUUUUGAGAGGAUCCUCCGUAGAGAGAUGUGACUCUGAGUGAAAUCAGGUGUUUAGGAAUCAUUUUGCGCUUUAGCAUCUGACGGCUGACGGGGAUAUCACAAGACUAUCUCAAUUCAUUCAUUCUAAAGAAAAUCAAUCGCCCACUAGCAAAUAUUAACAUCGGAAAAGGGCAGAAAAUCAAGUUUCCCACGCAGCAGGCUUAAGAAGCUAAAAAACUAUCGGAGAACAGGGGAAUAUAGCUGCAAGAGCUACAAAACACCGUCCAAGAAUUGUUGAUCAGAGAUGCCUUUUCAAUGCGUCCGCAAAGUAACAAGGUGGAUGUGCCGAACGCUGUUAUCAUCUCCCCAUCCAACCUCCUACUAGUAAGCCACUUAAGCCACCCCCGAAGGGAUAGAGAGCUACGAUAGCUAGAGGGGAGGAGAGUACAUUGUUCAUAUGGUACACGCUAGGCUUUCAUCAUCUAUGGCAAAAGAGGCAUGUUAGCAUUCUUAUGCUUGAGUUUCGAUUUCGAGGAAUUCAGCAUUUUAGGGGACUCACUUGUUCAAAACUUGGAAGGAUGGAGAAAAGAAAGGAAAAGGAAGAGAAAGUCGAAAGUCGAAGUUGAGAUUUUUAUGUUGUGUGAAGUCUUGGCAUCAUGUUUGUUCAUCUGUCAAACAGCACUGAGCAACUAUUAAUGCGGCAACCCCAGGGACAUUUCGGUGCAAUAAGACAUUCAUAUUUUUGGAUCUCAAUUGUCCGGACCCGCGCCUGAAACCCCUAUGCUCCCCACCCAUCUUUCUCCGGGAGCCCUUCGGCUUGCCGCCAUACGGCGUCAAAGCUACCUUGAAAUAUCAAAUUAUAUACGAGGAAUUCGAGUCGCCUACUCCUGGGGACCAAUAUGCAACUCUGGAUGCGUCCGAGGUUUUCAUGCCGGAAGUUGGUCGCGCCAGCAGAGCGCUGCUUGCUCUCCGUCGUGUCGCUCCCAUCUUGAAGAAUACAAACAAUCUAUAAACUUUCCAGCUGCCACAGUUGACCUCAAAUCACUUAUAGAACGUCCGGCUUUGGGCCAGAAGGUUGUGCUCCAUGGCUACCUAGGGAAGCGAGUCGAUAUGGGAAAGAGGAUGGCCUUUGUUCGCCUAACUGAUCCAAUUCUGUCACAAAAUGUUCAGAUCAUAGCUUUUGCAAAAGAUAAAUCCUUUGCCAAGCUGAAAUCCAUUGAGGCAAAUAGCCCCGUGGUUGUGCAGGGGGUCGUACAACAAAAACAACCUAGUUUGAAGGAAAAGCCAGACGCUAGGGAGGGGCAGGAAGCCAAGGCCGACAGUAUAGAGAUUGCCUUGGAGGACAUACACUGUCUUAAUGAGUUUCCUAAGGACAUUAUCAUGACCCCUGACACAGUUUUCCCCCCGGAAAAGCGGCAUUUGCAGAUCCGAGCCGAUAGCAAACUUCGUGAUGCACUGCGAUUCCGUGCGCGAGCUAGAAAUGUCUUGCGAGAAGCAUUGGAAGAAUGCCAACUACCUUUCAUAGAAAUCGAAACACCUCUACUGUUCAAAUCUACCCCCGAAGGAGCAAGGGAGUUUUUAGUUCCCACGAGAAGACGUGGGAUGGCAUACGCACUCCCACAAAGUCCGCAACAAUACAAACAAAUUCUCAUGGCUAGCGGCAUUCCGAGAUAUUACCAAUUCGCCCGUUGUUUCAGGGAUGAGGACCUUCGGGCAGAUAGGCAACCGGAAUUUACGCAGCUCGAUUUAGAAAUGUCAUUUGCAACUGGGGAAGAUGUGAUAACGGUAAUCGAAGCUGCUGUGAAAAAGCUAUGGUCUUCCUUAAUGACACACUCUUUACCCUCGGAGAGCUUCCAGAGGACCACUUAUGAAGAUGCCAUGGCCAAGUUCGGAUCAGACAAACCAGACGUACGAAUCGGCAUGGAGAUCAAGCGGAUUGAGCACAUGGUACCCGUCGACCUCGUUAGUAAAAUCAGUCCACUGCAUAAUCCCAUAGUUGAAGCCAUGAAACUAGAAGGAAACGAGAACCCGGAAGAUAUGCGUAAUUUCCUCAAUUCGUUCAUGGACUCUCCUGAAGCGAGUAUCUUCCAUAAAAAUCCCGCAGGCGGACCUGGCGCCUUCGUUUACGACUCUAGAAAACCCCUCUCGGGACUCCAGCCGUUUGGAUUCGAAGCGACAUGGGUUCUCGAGCAAGAACUAGACCUGAAAGACGGAGACCUACUCAUAAUACAAGCUCGCGAGAACGCACCCUUUUCCGGAGGUUCCACUCCACUAGGUGAUCUUCGUCGGGAAAUCCAUAAAGCGGCCGUGGAAGCCGACCUCACACCCGCCCCUACAGGUUUCCACUUCCUCUGGGUCCAAGAAUUCCCCCUAUUUUCCCCCAUUACCGAUUCCGAGCCCGGCCAAGGAGGCGCAGCCGGCAUUGCAUCCACACACCACCCCUUCACGGCCCCGCUGCGCGAGUCAGAUAUAUCCCUUCUACUCACGGACCCAACGAAAGUAAUCGCAGACCACUACGAUCUAGUCCUCAACGGCGUCGAACUCGGCGGCGGAAGUCGACGUAUCCACUCUGCCGCGGUCCAAGAAUUCAUACUUCGCGACAUCCUGAAAAUGCCCGCCGAGAGGCUUGCUGACUUUGCGCACUUACUUGAGGCCCUGAGGGCCGGGUGCCCACCACAUGCUGGCAUUGCACUGGGGUUCGAUAGACUCGUGGCAGUUAUGCUGGGCAAGGAGAGUGUGCGGGAUGUAAUUGCGUUCCCGAAGUCUGGGAAGGGAGAAGAUUUGUUGAUUAAGUGUCCAAGUGAAAUGACGGAGGAGUCGUUGCGGACCUAUCAUCUUCGGUUGCGGGAUGAGGAUGCUGAUGGGGAGCAGAAAAUAGAAGGGGAUUUGGGGGAGGCAAUUAGGAUAGGGGAUCAUGCUACUCCUGGAGCUGGUUAGGUACGAUAUGGGAAACAGCUUCUCAUUGUUCUUCACUCCUUCUCCUCCUCCUCAACGGGGUUUGAUACACGCCUCGUUAUGUUGUUGAUAGAUGUUGGCAUACCAGUUUCUUAAUUUCAGGAGCCCUUGGGAUUUAUGUAUUAAUAGAUUAGAUACCAACCAUAUUUAUUUAGACUUCUUCUCUCUAUUUCUCUCUAUACAGUAGAUUGUUUUUAAAUAAGAGUUAGCGCACACUUCGAUCAAUGAACUUAUCAUCUACCACAUGAGGAGUAAGCUGACCAGCGCUUAACUCCGGAC